AUGGGUGCUACCAAUGCACAAUGGAUGUCUGAGCUGCCUCCCAAACUGUGGGACAUCCCACUUCACCAUCUUUCCAUUCCAGGUAGCCAUGAUACAAUGACCUACUGCUUGAAUAAGAAAUCUCCAAUCUCCCAAGACAAAUCAAAGCUCCUGCAGGUGUUAAAUAAGGUGAUUCCCUGCAUCACCCGUCCGAUGAUAUUUAAAUGGUCGACGACGCAGGCACUGAAUAUAAAUGAACAGCUGGAUGCCGGAAUCCGGUAUUUUGAUCUGAGGAUUGCUCACAUGAUCGAUGGCUCUGAGAAGAAUUUGCACUUUGUACACCUUGUAUAUACAACAGCCUUAGUGGAGGAUACCCUAACAGACAUUUCAGAGUGGUUGCAGAAUCACCCUAAGGAGGUGGUGAUAUUGGCCUGCAGGAAUUUUGAAGGAAUGACUGAUGAACUUCAUCAGUAUCUUGCCACCUGUAUUAAAAACAUUUUUGGAAAAACACUGUGUCCCAGAGGUGAAUUGUUGACACUGAAGCAACUGUGGACACACGGUUACAGGGUUAUUGUCUCAUAUGAAGAUGAAACUACUGUGCAAAGGCACAAGGAGCUGUGGCCUGGAAUUCCAUAUUGGUGGGGGAAUAAGGUGAAAACAGAUGAUCUGAUCUGUUAUUUGGAGUCGAUGAAAGAAUUUGGACGCCCAGAUGAAUUGUUUGUUGCAGGGAUUAACCUUACUGAAAACUUUCAAUAUAUUCUGGGCCAUCUAUCUGGAUCACUGAAGAAGAUGACUUUGCCUAACCUCCCAUACCUGAAUGAGUGGGUUCGGAAACAGUGUCCUGGGCCAGGGACAAAGUGUACCAAUAUCAUUGCUGGAGACUUCGUAGGAUCUGACAGUUUUGUCAGUGAUGUCAUUGCUCUUAAUCAAAAACUUCUUACAGAUUGA